AUGCCAGUUUGGCGGCACAGUGACCACAGUCUGGAGCGCACCGAACUACUGUUAUCGGUUACCCUCAACACCCCUCAUUUUAGAUGCGGGAAUGUGGCUGCAAUUAUGGAGAUAUCUGAGACAAUGGAGCGCACCUUCAAGAUAUUUAAUGCUGCGGCUGCGGUAGGUAGCCAUACUCAUCCUUUUAGGAUCCACGAAAUCCUCCUGUCCGGCGACCAUCUCUCGAAUACUUCUUAUGAGCCUAACACCGCCAGCGGUGCGUUCACUAAUAAACGAUGGACGGUUGUAUCAGGCGCUACAUGCAUGGUGUCGUUAAAUGCUGUGGCACGUGUGAAAUGA